AAAUGGCCCCCUGUAAGAUGCAGCCCUUUUGCGACGAGCAUGAAUGACGCGUUUCCUCGAGCGGAUCAAAUCUUCCAUAUUUGGGGGCAUAUAGGUAUCGAUAAUCCAUUUACCGUUGGUCGUAGAAGUUUUGCUUACUACAGAUUCCACAAACGUAUUGGCAAAGGUAAUUGGAAUCGAUAUAUCGAGCGUUACAUCAAACCACGUUCUAUAGAAAACACUCAACGUAUAGUGUUCAAUUACCAUGCAUCCUACCAGGCAGCUAAAGCAUCUGCAUCAUACCUAUGGGAGCUUCCCAAGCGCAUCGCUGCAGCAACCAGUGCUAACGGCGUCCUCGAUGCAUGGAUAUACUUCAGGCACAAACGCAAAAAGGCGUACCACUACGUAUUGGCGCUUAGACGUCUGUGUGAUAUGAAGGAUGUGGACACCUCCGAUUGGCGGUUUCAAUUUAUUUCCAAGAAUAUCAUUAAACACGCUAAGUAUUUCAUUGACCUUCCUGGGAUAUGCAAUUACUUGGGGAAACUACGCGCAAUUCGUACACUUGAUCGUCUGUCCCUCGUUAUAUGUGAGAAUGCGGAAAGAUAUACAUUCGCGCAAUUGGCAACUGUGGCUAAUGCCUUUGGAAGGUGUCGUCUCCAUUCGAAGUACCUAUUUGCCCAACUGGCUCGUCACUGUAAUGAAAAGCUCCACGUGGCGAGUAACAAAGACCUAAUUUUAGUUGCCAAGGCCUACGGGAAAUGCAUGGUAUACAACUAUGGAUUAUUAGGAUCCAUAUCUUUGGAGAUGCAAAAACGCUUCUCUCCAAUUCCGAGUGCUCCCACCACUUCAAUGGGUGAGGCAUCCUCUAGACAUUGUAUCGCAAACUUAAUUCAACCCAAAUCAGUACAAGUGCAAUUGCCAACGAUGCAUGAUGUACUGGGAUUAGCGGAAGCUUUCUCUGUAGCUAAGCACCGUGAUCUACAACUUUUUGAUGCACUCUCAAUCAUGGCACGGAUGUAUAUCAAGGACCCAUCUACCAACGACCCUUUUGUGAUUACCAGGGUUAUCAGGGCAUUUGUCAUAUCCAAGGUAAACGAUGUACCUCUUUUCUCAACGGUACUUGAGGAUAUCGCAAAACACCCUUAUGACUAUCCUCCGUCUUGCAUCGCUGAAAUUGGGAAGCACGUGUCUGCUAUACUUCCUCGUGAGGUUGAUAACAUGUCGACAACGUUUAUAAAGUGUCUUGAUGCCAUUGAGAAGCAUUUGAGUCGCAUGACUAAGGGCCAACUGACGUAUGCAGCUGAAUUUGCUUAUAAGGGCCAUAGCGAUCCUGCUAAGAAAGUGCAAUUCCUUGAGCAAAUUAAUAAGGAAAUAGUGCGCUGUGGUUUUCAAAAUGAUCUCUACGACGUCCCGAAGCUCUUUGAAGUUCUAUCCAAGCAUAAAUGUGUGACUACAGACUGCUUCAAUAUCUUGUGCCGAGAUGUCUACCACAUGGUCUCCCAUUUUGAGCCAGUGGAUUAUCAAAGAACAUCCAGAGUUCUACGUGCAUUGAAACGACGUGAGAUGACCAACCUGCCUAUGGUUAACAUGCUAUCCAAGUCCGUUAUCAACCACCACGAAGAGUUCUCUCCGUAUCAGUACCACUGUGUUAUUCGAGAUCUUACACUUGCAGGCCCCCCUUUCGACUCACUACUUACGGAAUUAUGGAGUUACAAUCGAUACACUAAAGGAUACCGUCCUCCACAGCUCACUACUUCCGUCAGCUUACCGGCAGAUACCUCCUAAAGAGUGUCAUAUCU